AGUAGAGAUUUAGAGACCUCGUGCUCACUGUGCUCAGUCCAGUUCAGUCGUUGAUGAGAGACGUGCAGUGGAGCAUUAUCGCCGUCGCAGUUGCCGUUGCGCUUGUCUGAUUUGAAAUAAUUGUGUCCUAUUCCAUAUUUUUAAUCGAAUAUCUCAGAAUGAUGAGUUUACUCACGCAAUAUCGGCACGUACUUCGUAAAUUACCGCGCGCUUAAUUCCCGUAUGUGUAAUUAUUGUCGCUACGCAAGUAUAAUAUAUACUACUUUUAACACGAGCGCGCCUGACCCACUGAUAGUUUUCGCUGAUAUUGUAUGAAUAAAGUAUAAAAUUAAAGUGAUAGUGCCAGUGCUGUCAUCGCGUGAAAAUGGAUUCGUUUAAUAGCUACGGCAGGAAUGACUUGUCGGAAAUAUAUCCAUCAUUUAUUAAUUUACACGAAGAUGAAAAUGAUCAUUUACUCUUGGACAUGGAUUCUUUAGUUCCCAGACGAAGCAAUUUCCUAGCAAGCCGUGAUAUUACCUGUAGAUCUGAUUCUAAAUUCGUUUUGAUAGGUGACGAAAGCAAGGAGAUCGACGGCACUGGAUGGUCCGACAAACCUAUCAGAACCUGGUGUCAAGAGGAAACAAUAAAUUGGCUUAUGUCAGCUGCGUCAUAUAUUGGUCAACCUUACAGCUCCAUUCAGCACAGUCUCGCCGUGUCCGGGAAAGAAAUUGUUACUUUUACGCGAGAAGAUUUUAUUAAUCACGAUCCUGUGUACGGAGACCGAUUGUACAAUCUUCUCCACUCGCAACGUAUAUCAAACCUUUUACCACCAUUUGAUACCAUUCAGCCGCAAUCGGAGGAUGAAUAUACGCGAGUCAAUUCUAGCAACAUAUCCGAUGCGGAAUCAGAUAAUAGUAUCGAAAUUGCAACCAAAAGGCUGCCUGGUAGACCAAGAGUAUUAAAGACUAAGAAAAAUACCGCGAGUCAAGGAAAAUUAUGGGAAUUUAUUAGAGAUUUACUACGUAAUAGAGAAACAUGUCCAAGUUUAAUCUGCUGGGAAGACUAUUCACAAGCUAAAUUUCGUUUCGUAAAAAGCGACGAAGUGGCAAAACGAUGGGGUUCACGGAAAGGAAAUACAAAAAUGACUUAUGAAAAACUUAGUCGAGCUAUGAGGUACUAUUACAAGAGCAAAAUAUUUCUACCAGUACUUGGUCGCAGACUGGUGUAUCAAUUUGGACCAAAUGCGAAAGGGUGGCAAACAGAUAACCCAAAUUUCCGAUACUGAAAUAGUGUGUCAAAAAAAAGAAUCGAAAGUUUGUAAUAUGAUCAAGCGUGUAAAGCCGAAAAAUUGUAAAAUAUUUCAUACGAUGUUUUUCAACAUUAGAAAACAAUCACUGUUUACGUCCGUUGUAUUUUGAACAUCGUCAAACGUUAUGUUUUUUAUAGAUAAAGCUAACAAUGUAAUAGAACAAAUCUUUAAAAAAAGAGAUGAGAUUUGAAGAAAGACAUUCAUUUUUCCUUUUUUGGGGGGGGGGGUCUAGUUUCUAUAUUUUUUAUAUAAAUACUUUAUAUUCCUGUCAUUUGUCCUACAAAACUAAUCAUAAUAAUUAUGAUUACGAAUUUAAUCCUUCGCCGGCAAUGUGAAAUUUUCACUUUUUGCCCGUAAAAUAGAGCUUUAAGGUUGAGGUCUACAGUAGAUUUUUUAAAAUUGUUCCGAAUUGUAUAAAAAUCUGAAAAUUCUUGUAUAUGUAUACUUGAAAUCUUAUGUUUUUACUAUUAGAUGUUCUGGUUAGUUUUGAGGACUCACUACAGAUGGCUAUAGAGCUACUAAAAAUAUUUUGAAAUUGAGUAUGUCAUUUCAAAGCUUGGAUAUUUCUACAAAUAAUUUGACACAGGUUCUGUGCAUUCGUAAACGUAACUGUACUUUUUAGUGCGACUGAAAAUAGAACGUGAUAAAGAGCAUUUUCGUCAUUUACCUACCUACUACUUUACUGCUUUGAUUCAAAGAAAACGGCUGCCGAAGCUAACCGAUUCAUCUCAGAAACUUAUUCUGAGUCUGUUCCAUCACUUAAAACGUGUAUCGAGUACUGGUAUCGAUGAUUUAAAAGUAGUGAUUUUUAUUUGAAAGACAAAGAACGUCAGGUCAACCAAAAAAGUUCGAAGAUGCCGAAUUGCAGGCAUUGGAUGAAAACUCAACUCAAACGCUUGAAGAAUUAGCUGAAGCAUUAACUGUUGGUAAAUCAUCUGUUUCUGAUCAUUUACACGCAAUGGGAAAGAUUAAAAAAGAAGGCAAAUGAGUUCGCAAAAAGAACACAAAUUGUCUGAAUUGGCUAUUCAAAAUCGUUUAACCAUUUGCACUUCAUUGCUUUCUCAUCUCAAAAAGGAACAGUUUUUAUAUCAAAUA